GCUGCAAGCAGGUGGGAUCCGCUCAGUGUCGCUGCCGCUACUCUGUCUAUGCUUCACUCGUAACACAAGCCCAUCGGGGAGCAUAGCUAAACUACCGGCGCUGAAAUGUAUGAAAAAAUGUAAUAGGCUAUAUUUUAAAAGAUUGCCAUUUUUCUUACUCGCAAAGAAAAUACACACACUGGAAUCGUUCAUUUUUUCGUAAUCAGAAAAUUUCAUUGAAUGGUACCCGCUUCCGAGGGAAAAGGCUUGAUAACGACGAAUAUUUAGCCAGUUCUUCUCUAUAGAAGACUGAGUCGGACUCAUAUUUCAGUUCUAGCUAUCAAUGUUGCUGGCUGUUUGAAGCUGGGGGCCCGGUAUGGACUCAACAAAGAGCUUAUGUCAAGGGUGGAUUUAAUUCAUUGAUCACAGUUUGUUUGGAACGCUCGAAACCUGCCGAAGUUCAUCUCAGUAACCUUUCUGGACGUCGGAGGGUUGUUUUGAAAGUGUGGAAAUGGGGGAGCAACCUAUCUUCACUACCAGGGCUCAUGUCUUCCAGAUCGACCCUACCACUAAGAAGAACUGGGUCCCUGCCAGCAAGCAGGCUGUCACCGUCUCCUACUUUUACGACAGCACGCGCAACAGCUACCGCAUCAUCAGUGUCGAUGGAUCCAAGGUGAUCAUCAACAGCACGAUUACACCAAACAUGACCUUCACAAAGACCUCACAGAAGUUUGGCCAAUGGGCCGACAGCAGGGCCAAUACUGUCUUUGGCCUUGGAUUUUCUUCAGAACAGCAGCUGGCAAAAUUUGCUGAAAAAUUCCUGGAAGUCAAAGAGGCAGCAAAACUUGCACGGGACAAAUCUCAAGAAAAAAUGGAAACCUCAAGUAAUCAUUCCCAGGAAUCUGGCCGUGACACCCCGUCGUCCACUCAGGCCUCCAGCAUCAAUGGCACCGACGAUGAGAAGAUCUCUCACGUGGGGCCUGUGGACGCACUGCUGAAGAGUGAGAACGACCGCCUGAAGACCGCUGUAGAACAGAGCAAUACUAAUGCCAAAAAGUGGGAGACAGAACUACAGACCUUGAGGGAAAGCAAUGCCCGUCUGGUGGAAUCACUGAAGGAGUCCACCAACAAUGUGGAAACGUGGAAGAAGCAGCUGGCCACGUGCAAGGAGGAGAGCAAUCAACUCAGGGAAAAGAUCGCAGAGCUGGAGGCGCAGUGUGACGAGGCCACUCAGGAGAAGGAGAGGAACGCCCAGCUGACAGAGCGGGUGCAGGAACUGGAGUCUGAACUGCAGGAAAAGGAACAGGAACUGGAGAACCUGAGGAAGCAAGCUGAGAUAAUCCCCCAACUCAUGGAAGAAUGUGAAAACAUCACACAGAAACUACAGGUGGCUGAGACGAAGAACAAAGACCUGGAGGACAGAAUAGAGACACUACAGGCUGACAUAGAUGACAACCACCACAAGCAGGGUCACCUGAGGGUCGAGCUCAAGAAAUUCAUGGACGUCUUGGAUGGGAAGAUUGAUGAACUCCACGAGUUCCGACAAGGCCUGUCUAAACUAGGGGUGGAUAACUGAGGGGAUGGACCGGAUGAGCUGUACUGAUUUUAGAGGCGGACAUCGUCAGGGUUCUGGGAUGGCAUGUCCCAAAGUGUGUUCUGCUGCACCAAUCAAAUUAAAAGACUAAUGAAAGGGAGAGAAACAAAAUGGCAGGAGUUCUCCAGCUAUUGGAACGUUCUUGUGUCAAUGUUCUGGAAUCACACUUAGACCAGAAUUCAUACAUUACUGAACAGUUAUAAUUAACCAUUAUUUAGAAGGAGAAAAAAGAAUUGAUGGACAGAUGAGGGGUUCAAUCCUAAUUGAGACCUGUGCAUAUGGUUCACGUAGCUAGAGGGGAACGCAGCUAGAUAACUCACUGGCAAGUGGUAAAGCACAGCAAAACAGCAAGCAAGUCAUGGCUUUCAGUUACACUGGCCACCUUGAGGGGAAAAAAGAGAAAAGGGAAUCUCAUAUGGUUGAACACGGUUGAAUCGUGAUGAUCUCAGGUCAGUUCCCCACAAUAUGCACAUACAAGAUCUGCACAUUGUCACAAAGUGCCUCAGUUUCAAGUCUUUCUGAUCUGCAACAAAGGCCCAUCCCUCUGCAUACAAGCUCUUUUAUAACCACAACAGAAGAGUCAAGGAUUAAUAUAAUUAUUUGUACUUUCAUAUGUGUUUUUAAAUUCAUACAAUUUCAUUUCUUUGCUGACCAUGGCCUAUAGUACAAAUUUAAAGGUUCCUCAAAAUUGUAUUGAAUUACAUGAAUCAAGCUUAGAAAAGUCAUGGAACACUAAAGGAUGUAAACUAGAAUGGUGAUUAUACUAAGAAAAAAGACAAGCACAUCCUAUGGAUGCUGUUAUACUUUUGUAGUUAUAAACAUCACAAAGAAAAAAAAUGAGUAAGCUUUUCUUGUAAAGCUUAUAGAAAUGGUGAAAAGGUUUCAGUAAUAAAUCCCUUGUUGCUUUGGAAAUGCAGUGUGCAAGAUUGUAUGUGCAUUAGACGCUUUUAGUAAUUCUGAUAGGGGAACUUGUGAUAAACUGUGGGAGGGAUAUCCAAAACCAUGGCAGAAACCCAGUUUACGGUUGCUGUGUUCAAAGGAUUUUGCAUGAGUGAUACUUUUUUUUUUGUCGAUUCUUAGGGCAAAGUAUGUCUGAAUCUGUCAUUCGCACAAAGAAUGUGCUUCCCACAUUACUGUUUCUUAUUCGGUUGUGAUAUUUUGGGGAAAGGGUGCAUUACUGCUGCUAGACUAUGGAAUUUUUGUGUAAAUGUAAAUGUACUACAUGAAUACGACUCUGCGGGCCGUCAAUACAGCCUGGCGAAUUUACUUGUUUUCCAAAAAUCGUUGUGCUGGUGUCUAUGGUUUUCUCAUUCCAGCAGGGACCCAGUAACCUAACAGCACUACCUUAUGUUCUCUAAGAGUACAGUGUAUUAAUUAUACAAAUGUAUUGGGUUAAUACAUUUUAUAUAUAGAGAUCCAGUUUUUUUGUUAGUUUUUUUUUUUUUUGGGGGGGGGGUACUGUGUUCAGUGUUUUCUAAGAAAAGAUGUGAAGUCCCUCUCUUCCUCUUGAAUGCAGCUCUGUGCUGUGUUUGAAUGUUGUGGUUCACAUAAAUCAGUUUGGCGUCUUGUAGAUGAACAGCUGUGGGAAACUAUUAUUCUAUGUGUGUAACGAUUAUUCUAUUUUCCAUCACUGGUCAGAAAGGAUUUUUCAAGAUAAUGCUCACGACAGAUGAACAACUUUGUCCAUCUCCUUGCACAUAUAGAAUAUUUCCCCUUCACAGAUGCUGAAAAUGCUUAAUGCUUCAGUUUAUGAAGGGGUUGUGCCUAUGAUGACAAGUGAGAAUACAGAAAUAUUCAUUGACAGAAACUACUCCUAUCCACCUUUGUGAUUUCUGGUCAUUAUUGUAACAUAUAGAGUUAUUGUUAAAAUAUAGUUUCAUUUAAAUGUG